UUUCUGGAAUUAGACUUACUCAGCACUACGCUUACCUUGCAGUCACCUCCCAUCACAGCCCUCGCUGUCGCAUAGAAAUCUCUCAGUUAAUGCAGCUGGCGCAGAGGUCAAUUUCAGCGACUGUUUCAGCAUUCCUGGAAAGCUCUUUACUGGGAAAGUCAUCCGCCUCUGAAACCGGCACGGGCGCUUCGUCAGCGGCGCACGGCAGCCAAUGGAAACGCAGCGAUGGUCGAGAGCGCAGUUCUACGAAACGCCAAGCGGCCGAUGAUGAGGUCGCGGGCGCAAAGAUGUAGCGCUCUUCUUGGAAUGAAAUUCCUAGAACGCGCGUCAACUCAUAAAACAGCCAAACGUGCUGCAAUGGCGUUUCUUACUGCUCUUAGUACAGGAAAAUAACAAUCCACCAAGCCAAACGACAUAUUACUCUUGUUUGAGUACUACUACUUAGCUUUUUUGUUGUUGUUUUGCGUAAUUUUCGUCCUCAUUUUGCUCCCUUCGAUUUCCUAGAGAAUAUUUGACAGAGAAGGCUCGUUCGGUUUAGACAGCAUCAGAGAUUACUGUUGUAAAAUGUUUAGAUGUUGACUAGAUUCGCUCACUUUGUGGACUUUUUGUCGCCAUUAUAGCACUGCUGGAACAAUGUCAGCAGCUUUGGCACUUUGCAGGAUUCGCGUAAAUUUCAGUCUUUCCAAACUGCUGCCCAUUGGUGACGUACAGAAGGUGACGAUUUUAUGCCUAGAAAGAAGGCUCUCAUGCCAGAGCCACCUUCAGGAAUGGUCGCUAGCCAUACAAGUGCCCAAAAUGAGAGGGAUGAAUCAGAGGUUCAGCAAAUUCAGCGGUCCCAAGCCGCUCCCUACUCAUGGGCCCCGGCUGAGGACUUGCGUUUCAUCACCACCACCUUUCAGCACCUACAUACCUCAGGAUGGUACUGGGGUGGUAUGACAGCCAGUGAGGCAAGGGAUGCCCUAAUUGGAGCAUCAGAAGGGACUUUCCUUGUCCGUGACAGCAGCCAUCCACUCUACCUCUUCACCCUGUCCGUACAGACGUGGAGAGGUCCCACUAAUGUCCGCAUCGAAUACGACAGCGGCCGAUUCCGUCUCGAUUCCAGUUUUCCAGCCCGAUCUAGCCUGUUGUCCUUUUCUGCUCUUCCUAGUCUCGUGCAGCACUAUACAUCCACAAGUCAAGGGGAGGAGAGGAUAGCAGAAGAACAUCACAUGGUGUCAAAGGACAAUGGCAUCUUGCUGAAGCUCAGGAAGCCCCUGUACAGGCCUCAGGCCUUUCCAACAUUACAACACCUCACACGCCUCAAUAUAAUCAGACAUACAGAUUGCCAUACACAGCUGCCACUGCCACGGCCGCUGCUGCUGUACUUGCAAAAAUACCCCUUUCAGGUGUGAGGACACUUGGGGGGAUGUUGGUGCAUUUCAGGGGGGUUCGUUUUUGCAAAGUCACAAGUGAUUUAGCCAAAAUUUGCAAAUAUUGCCCACUGGCAGAAUCAUGGGUGCUUUUAUUUUGGUCAUAUGUCAUAGUAGGUGUGCAAAUAACCAAGGACUAUUUUGAGUACAUUUUUUUUUUAAAUAUUUGAAAAUACUUCUCAUUUUAGUAAACAAAAUGUUUCUUUAUCUUUCUGUGCUUCUAAGAAUGGGGCUUCAUCACCAGCUACCAUCACCAGAACAAUGAAAAAAUAAAAUAUCAAAAGAAGUACACGUAAAUAAUACUGUAUUCUGACUGUAAUACUGUGUCUCCAAAGGUGUAAUUUCCUCA